CCGAUAAGACUUUCAUCCAUUAUCCGUUCAACCUUCAAUCACCAAAACAACAUCUACACUCCAAGCAAGAUGGCCUCAACCCAGCCAACCCUGAUAACCCUGACCGAGACCGAACUCGCCACCUCCAACAUCUCCUCACACAACUUGCAAGCAGCCCUCGAAGCCCUGCAUCGCGAUGGCCUCGUCGUUUUGUCAAACGCCGUUUCCCCAUCGCACCUCGACAAGCUGAACAGCCGCAUGGUCCCCGAGGCAAAAACCCUCUACGCCCGCUCCAGCACGCACCGCAACUUCGGCGCCAAGACCGGAAACAUCCAGCAGGAGCCCGUGCUGGAAAAGGAUUUCGUCUUCCGCGACGUCGUCGCCAACCCCUUUGCUCUCCAGGUUGUAGAGUGCAUGUUCGGGCCCCGACCGGCGCUCCGCUUCUACAGCGCGAAUACGGCGUUCAGGGCCGAGGAUCGACAGCCCGUGCACGUCGAUGUGAAUUUUGAUUUCCCGCAAAUCCCCUGGGGGUAUGCGAUCAAUAUCAACCUCGUCGAGACGACGCCGGAGAAUGGGGCCACGGAGGUGUGGUUGGGGAGUCACACGGAUACGACCAAGGACGUGCUAGACCCGCAGUUUGCGCACAAGCAGGUGAAGGAGGACCUCCUUGAAGAACGACGGAAGAUCGGGCGCGGUGGUGUGCAGCCGGAACGGUUGCCCAAGGGGAGUCUGAUUAUCCGGGACAUGAGGCUUUGGCAUGCGGGGAUGCCGAAUCGCACCGAUGAGCCGAGGGUCAUGCUUGUCACGAUUUUGUUUCCGCAUUGGUAUCGCAGUGAGCAGAAGAUCAUGCUGCCGAGGAGUUUGGAGGGGACUGUUAAGGGGUGGGAAGGGGUUGAUGCGCAGGUGGAGUGGGUGGAGGAGGGAUAUGAUUAUCUGCAGGGGAGGCACGAUCAUGAUUUUUCGUUGCAGCCAUAA